AUGUCUUCCGUUCAUCAAGACGAGGAUGAAGCCGAUUUCAUAGCGCUCGAAAAUGAUGAGGAUUCUUCUUCGGGAAAGACUCAUCCAACACCGAUUAAACAUAUGCCUGUUGAUCUUGUUUGCUGCUUUCAUCAUAAUCUUCCCGAUCUGGAAAAUAUCAAUCCGACCUUCUUGGGUCCAGAAAAUGAAUUAACGCAUUGUCCCUGUGUAGUCGUAUUCGGUGGUACGGAAACAUUUGGAGCUUAUAUGCAGACAAAUUCAAUGUAUGUGUUGGAGUGUGGAAAUAUUGCAUCAAGAAAUCAAGUGGUGAGCUUGUGCAAUCAGGAACAGAUCAACUGUUAUGCAGAUGGAAAAUUAAUUUCGAACCAAAAGGGGAACGAUAAAUAUGAAUAUGAAAGUUCUACAUCAAAAUUCUCGUUGCAAUGGAAAAAAAUUGAGUAUGGCUCAUCUGAACAAAUUCCAAGUGCAAGAGAAUUUCCAUGUCUUUCAUAUGAGAGGCAUUCACAGAAAUGCUACUUAUUUGGUGGCUAUGGUGGACAUUACUUUAAUGACGUAUGGGAGUUUAAUUUGCGUAACAAAACUUGGACACGUUUAGUGACACAAGGAAACGUGCCAUCUGCAAGAUGUGGAUGUUCUGGAAUGGCUAACAGAUUUGGACUAGUGGUGUUUGGUGGUUAUAAUGGUACUUAUUUGGAUGAUUUUUUUUUUGGAUUUCAAAUCCAAAUCUUGGAUAAAAAUUGA